AUGGCCAACGCAAUCCCCGCUGUGGGCAGCCGCAUCAGCCUGGUGUCCAGCGGCGACAUCCGCUAUGAGGGCAUCCUGUACUCAAUCGACAUGGUGGACUCGAAGAUCGCCCUGCAGCAAGUGAAGUCGUUCGGCACGGAGGGGAGGCGCGUGGGCGAGGCGCAGGUGCCGCCUAGCGAGGAGGUUUACGAGUACAUCGUGUUCAGAGGGUCAGACAUCAAGGAGCUGAAUGUCUUGGAGUAUGCGCGGUCGAGGCCGGCAGGGCUGGACGACCCGGCGAUCAUCUCCGCGGUGGGACCCGGAGGCUCGCCGCCAAUGCAGGUCCGCAAUAUGAACCAAGGCCAGUACGGUGCAAACACCUGGGGUGGUGGCCAGGGCCAGGCCCAGAACCAGGGCUACCAGGGCGGCGGGGCCGGCCCCAGUGCCAACAAGCCCAGCUUCCCAGGCUCAGGCUCCGCCCCCGCGCCCACGAUCUCCAUCACACCUGCAAGGCCUGGCCAGGAUGGCGGUGCCAGUGCCGGCGGCAACUGGUGGCAGGGCGGCGGGGCACCCAACGGGGGGAUGAGUAAUCAGUACCAGGGCAGAGGCAGGGGUGGGCCUGGGGGCCCAGCGGGGAGAGGAUAUGGUGUGCAGCCUGGGAGGGGUUACUACAGGGGUGGCCGGAGGGGCGGAGGCCCCUGGCAAGCGGGCGGCGAGGGCGGGAUGGGCAGCGGAGGCCGGGGGGGGUCCGCCUACACUGCACCGAGGGCUGUGCCGCCGCCUGUCCCUGUGCCCAACGAGGACUUCAACUUUGAGGAGCAGAAUGCCAAGUUCAAGAAGGAUGAUGUGGCGAAGGAGGAAGCCGGGUCUGACGUGCCGAAGGGCACCUACGCCAAGGACGAGUUCUUUGACACGAUGUCAUGCGAGGCGCUUGAAAAGCUUGGGGGGGCGAACCAGGAGGGUCGACGGUCCUUUGCAGAGCAGCGGAAGGUGGAUGUGGAGACGUUCGGGGGCGUAGCCAGCAACAUGAACAGGCGUGGGCGGUGGGGCUCUCGAGGGAUGCGUGGCCAAGGCAGGGGAAGGGGACGGGGCUAUGGACGUGGGCGUGGGAGGGGUUACUACCACAACUACCAGAGCUACGGGAAGGAGGGCGGCCGUGGAUAG